UGUCUCGGGGUGUUGACCUGGGUAUAUCUGACUGACUGGGAGUUACUAUCUCUGUUGGAGUUCACCUGUCUCGGGGUGUUGACCUGUGUAUAUCUGACUGACUGGGAGUUACUAUCUCUGUUGGAGUUCACCUGUCUCGGGGUGUUGACCUGUGUAUAUCUGACUGACUGGGAGUUACUAUCUCUGUUGGAAUUCACCUGUUAGAGGGAGCUCAGCUGUGUAUCAACACGUGCCUCUCUGCUACUGGAGUUUAUUUGUGUGAAAGAGUUUACCUGUGUGAAGGAGGUUUACCUGUGUGAAGGAGGUUUACCUGUGUGAAGAAGGUUUACCUGUGUGAAGGAGUUUAUUUACCUGUGUGAAGGAGUUUAUUUACCUGUGUGAAGGAGGUUUACCUGUCUGACUGGAACACCUGUUGGAAUUCUGACUAACUAAUUCUUUGGAGCUUCUCUCUCCUGCUGGGGUUCACGUACCUGAGAGUAGAGGCCUGCAUCCUCCAGCUGUGUGUGUGUGUGUGUGUGUGUGUGUGUGUGUGUGUGUGUGUGUGUGUGUGUGUGUGUGUGUGUGUGUGUGUGUGUGUGUGUGUGUGUGUGUCAGGAUGAUGGAAGAAGUGUCUAUCAGGGUGGCAUAUGACUCCCACAUCAUAGACCAGAUGGCAGAGGAGGAGAUACUGGCCUGCCUGAUGGCCGAGUCUAUAACCAAACACACGGUUCCCAGUAAGAAGGCCACGCUGAGAGAUAACCAGCCGCAACAACAGGAUGACCACGUAAACAGAUACCAGAGGGAGAACCGUCAGCUGCAGCAGGCCAGUCUGCGUCUGGAGCAGGAGAAUGAUGUUCUGGCCCACAGACUGAUCACCAGCAAGAUCUCCCUGAGGACCGACCUGGAUCAGGCGGAGGACAGAGUGGAUGAGCUGACCAAAGAGCUGCUGAAGACCAGAAUGAAAUUGAAGAAUGCAGAGGAAGAGAAGAGAGGGAAGGAGGAGGUGGCUGCUCAGUUGAAGGAGGUGUUAAGGACAAAGCUGGACAAGGCUGAACCAGAGGUGAAGAGGAGCUCAGGCAUCAUCUCAGACUACAAACAGAUCUGUUCCCAGCUGACCAGUCGGGUGGAGAGGCUGCAGGCGGCCCACAGAGAGGACCUGGACAAACUCAGGAAUGCUGUGAUGGCGUGUUCUCACUGCCGACAGGCUCUAGAUUCUCCAAUCAUGGAAGGCUUCAGUUCCACAGCCCCGUACCAGAGAAGAAUCAGCACCAGAGAACCAGGCCAGCAGAGAGACAAGGAAACAGAACUAGACCAGCAGACGACUGGUACCAGGGAACAAGACCAGGAGAAGGUGUGUCUGAGUGGCCAGGUCACAGAGCUGGAGAAGGAGCUGGCCCAGACUAAACUACAGAUGGUGGAGGCCAAGUGCAAGAUCCAGGAGCUGGAACACCAGAAGGGGGUGCUGCAACGUGAUCUCCAGACAGCUAGGAACAGCUGGCUCACCAAGACUAUACGGUCAGCCGGAGGGGGUCUGCAGAGCAGCAGCCUACCCAGGGGGAGAGCCUCUGCAAUGGGGCGUUCUCUACAUGGCCUCCCCCUCUCAGCCUGGAGCUCCAGGAGACUGUCAUGGGCCCCAGGAAGGACCGGGGGGAGAUGUCUGAAAUGGAAGGGAGGGGGAGAAUGA